ACGAAAUCGGCCACUUGGCCGACGACCGGACUCACGACGCCGGUCCCCCGGGCUGCCAAUGAUGUGUUCAAUGGUCGGGUAUGGCUUGGCAAGCAUGUCUACCUACGAUGUAUCUUGUUUGCCGCUGAUCGCGACUCCACUACUAUUGUAGCUUCCCGGAGCAUCUUGCUCAAUUUAGCCGGCGGACCAAGUAUUUCAAGCGUAGUUUUACCAUUUCCCCUUCAUAGAGCUCAAUCAAUCAUCAUUUCGUACAUUUCAUACCCCGUCUUGUCUUGCUCGUCGAAUUAACUAGGUACCUCAACAACAACUACACUACCCCCCCUUUUUCCAACCCCCUUUUCACUCUAGGACAAAAUGGCAAAUCAGACCUUUAAGCUGAACACUGGCCAGGAGAUGCCAGCCCUUGGCUUCGGGACUUGGCAGUCCGAGCCCGGCAAGGUCAAGGAGGCGGUGUCCUACGCCCUCAAGGAGGGCUACAAGCUGGUCGACUGCGCCUACUGCUACGGCAACGAGGAUGAGGUCGGCCAGGGUCUCAAGGAUGCCUUCGACUCGGGCGUCAAGCGGGAAGACGUCUUUGUUGUCACCAAGGUCUGGACCACCUACAACACCAGGGUCGAGGUCGGCCUCGACAAGAGCCUGAAGUCCCUGGGACUGGACUACGUUGAUCUCUUCCUCGUUCACUGGCCGCUAUUGAUGAACCCUGAAGGAAACGAUGACCGCUUCCCCAAGCUGCCCGACGGUCAGAGGGAUAUCAUCCACGACUACAACCAUGUCGAUACUUGGAAGCAGAUGGAGAAGCUCCUCGCUACUGGCAAGACCAAGGCUAUUGGUGUCUGCAACUAUAGCAAACGUUAUCUGGAACAGCUCCUGCCUCACUGCACGGUUAUUCCUGCGGUGAACCAGAUUGAGAACCACCCUGCUCUGCCACAGCAGGAUAUUGUCGAUCUGUGCAAGGAGAAGGGCAUCCACAUUAUGGCUUACAGCCCCCUCGGCAGCACCGGUGGGCCCUUGAUGCAGGCCGAGCCCAUCCUCAAGGUCGCGCAGAAGCACAACGUCCAGCCGUCGACUGUCCUGUUGAGUUACCACAUUUCCCGUGGAAGCACGGUCCUUGCCAAAUCCGUCACGCCGCAGAGGAUCAAGGCCAACCUGGAGAUCAUCAAGCUGGAUGCUGAGGACGUGAAGCUCCUACAGGACUACUCGGACGAGCUGACCAAGACCAGCAAGGUGCAGCGGUUCGUCUACCCACCGUUCGGCAUUGACUUUGGGUUCCCGGACAAGUCGUAAGCACGGUAGCUCAGUUAGAUUAGAGUCGUUACAUCCAUUAGACCUCAUGUUUUGAAAGACAAAUCCAUUCGAUGAUUUCCUGG